AUGAUAUUAAUCUUGAUUUUGAAAAACAAGCUUGUACCUAUUGGUAUGUAUCAGUGACAUGAUAACUAGUGGUUAACCCAAAUGAAAGCAAGAAACUUUAAAUGUCAGCUCUCUGCCUUAUUGCAUUUUUCAGUUUUAGGCUCAAAGGGUUGGGUUGGGGGGGGGGCGGGGGGGGAACUUUUAAUCUCCACCCCUCUCUUACCCCUCUUCUGACUCCACCCCCAGAGAAGUACCUAGAGCUUUGGAGCUCUAGACCCGGUUGUUUGAAACUCCGUUAGCACUAAUCCAUGAUUAGACAUGCUAAUCAGCGAUUAAAAUUUAAUCCAUGCUUAGAUUGCGUUACUCAACAAAGCCUGAUUAGUGCUAAUCGACUGACUCUAAUCAGUGGGUUAAAUUUAAUACACCUCUGGAGGAAGGUUAAUUCCCUACUUGGUCGAUUAAAUUUGAAACAAAAUGGCUGAUAUAUUUUUUCAUCUCUCAAAGAUGCCCAUGAAUUUAUCGAUACAACGAUAGUAUACUCACUUAUGGUGAUCAAGCACUUCGGGCUCGCUACAGAUUCGGCAAAGGGUCUAUUCAGUACCAUUCUUCUUCGUGCCAGUAAUGCUGUCGGAAAAUUUAAACCUUGUAAGGUCCAAAUUUUCCUCAACCUUUUCUGUCAAUAUGGUUAUUUUCCAGUCUGACUAAUUAUUUUUUUGUGGCCACCUUGAUCUGCUUUCUUUUUUCUGCAGAUGCCAUAUUGGAAACCUUAGGGAAAGAUUCAUUAUAGGUUGCUAGUCGUCGAUUAGGGAGACAAAAUAAAUGGUUUUACACUGAGUGCAAACCGUUAAUCAGCAAUUAACUAAUGGCAAGUCUAAUUGGGCUUUGCACAAUGCUCUCAAUUCCACUGAUUAGCUAAUCAGGUGUUAGCAAUAAAUUUUAACCCACGCUUAAGCUUAAUUGUGGAUUAGUUUAAUAACGGGGGUUGUGAACAACUGGGUCCUGGGGUAAGACAAUUUUGCUUUGUAGUUUUUGGGGGUUGCUGGGAUUUCUCAGUGUAGUUAUCCCUGGAAGGCCAGGGAUUGUGGAUUACAGUGGAACCUCAAUGGAACCUCAAUAUUACAAAACUCCAACGAAGUCCUUGGUAUAACAAAUGACUCUCUUUGGCCCAGUAAUAGUAAAAUGUAUGAAAAAAAGGAAGAAAACCUUGAUUUAAUGAAACCUCGAUAUAGCAAACAAAUUUUGUCAGUCUCUUGGCCCUUGUUGUAUUUAUGUUCCACGUGUAAAUGUUUGCACUCGGUAUCUGUAAUGACACAUUUGCUAUGUUAGAGCUUGGUCGCAUAUUUGAUUUUGUUUUGCAGGCAUUAUUACUUUUGAUCAGAAGCAAAUAACCCUGAAUCUUCAAUAACUCUGUUUCAGUGCUGGUUUUUUUUUUUGAGAACCAAUUUUGGUUUGUGGUGGCCCCCACCCCCGACCCCCGUAAGGUUUUCUCAUUUUUUUUCCUAGACGAUAAAACAUCAGCACCUGAAGUUUUCUGUAGCUUUUCAUUUAUCCUUUAAGCGCAUUUUUAGACAAGUUUAGUGAUGGUCAGUUACUUUGGUUACAAGAUAUUGCGUCAUAAGUAGCAGUUGGUCAAGCCAUUUUUGAGUAAAAUUUUCAACUUUUUUUAGGAAUAAAAGUAAAGUUUGUGCAUAAAAUGAUGAAAAGGAAUUAUUUAUGUGUUAUUUUGUGACGUCACAGACCUCCAGCAGCGCCACUACCCAGAAAAAUACUGUAGAGAAGAUCAAAGGCUUUCCACUGAAAGCAAAAUCAUUUCAAAAUACUGCAACAUGUCAAAAACUCAAGGAGGGGGGGUGGGGGUUCCAUUAACCCACCCCCUGUACCACCAUGGGGGUAUGACUUUGAGUGUACACCUGAGGGUUAAGAGCACUGGACAAAGGCCAGUCAGAAAAACAUAAAAUGUAUCACAAUGUGCACUGAGAUGGGAAAGCACUAAUUGAAAGUCUUUGCAAAAAUAAUUCAUACACGCUAUCGCAUAGUGUAGUGCCCGCAAAUAAAUGCACACUCAUCGGCUACUCCCUAUGAAUGUAAAUAUUUUUGUGCGUUGAUUAUCUUAAUGGCUCAGAGAACACUAUCAAGUUACAUGUAGGGAUGUAAUUGAAGAAUUGUUAAGGACCAGGAAGAAUCCAUUAUUGGCUACUUCUUAGACAGGGAUACAUGUACCUUCAAUUCUUGAUUCUGAUUCCAUAUUACCUCAUAAUUGGGCAAAAAAAUUUCCUUGCUUCUGAUUGGACAGCUAAAAAACCCAGCAUGGUUCUUAACAGAUAAUAAGGAGAAUUUAGAUGCUUCAGGGUUAAAUGCUUCUGUUUUGAUUGGGUUGAUUUUUUGGUGGGGGGGGGGGGAGGAAGUAGCCUCCCUUGCAGGCGUUUUUAGGAGAGCUUGUCUUUCAUCCCUCCCCACAAACGCCUGCUAAACCGAGAACAACAUUCCUUUCCCAAGCUUAGCCAAUCUAAAGGUUGACCUUUACCGCAGGGAAACCUGAUAAUUACUCGAUCUGCAUGAAACACUGGGAAAGCUUUAUGACCUCUAAUAGUAAAUGUUAGACUCAGAGUGGCAAAAGUAAGAUUUAGAUUUUAGAAAACUCUGUGCACAGCACAACCCUAGCAAAGGAAAGAAAAGAAGAAAACAGGUAACUCUAAGGUCAUGUUUUUGCAGUGCCACGAGCUUAUGGUCAUCUUUGUUGGUUGGUCACUUACCACACAAAUAAAACAAUGGGAAAGGAAUGUUUUUCUCGGUUGAGCAUGUGUUUGUGGGAGGGACGAACUGCGAGCUCGCAUACAAACGCUUGCGUUGGAGGCUAGGGAAGAAGGGACGUUUUGGCAUUUUUAUUUUGACCCCAUUAUGGAUGAGAUGUACUGUCUCUUCUGAAAAUGAAAUGCCCACAGUGGAGCCCUUGGGAGUUAGGGGUUGAAAAUGCUUAUUGCUUCUGUCCUUUAUAAAGGGGUCUGCUUGCGGUGGAAAGCAAAAGAGAUUUUGUGUUUUAUUGCUACAGGAUUAAAGGCAUCAAAAAGUAAAAUCUCCCCUCACAAGCUGAAAACAGACGAGCAUCGUUCUGCAGGACAUGUGGAACCGUUAUCUAAAGGCCCCUCUUCUGACAUCAAGGCAGGAGGUUCUGUUCAUCAGGAUGGCAAACCUGAGACAUCAACCACGACGACAACAGCAUCAACAAAAACAACAACAGCUAUUAAAAGCAUUUUGAAAAAGUCAGGUGAAGAAAUCACCAAACAGUCAAACCAUAGAGAUUCACCAAGACCCAAACAAGGUAAAAAUACAAGCAUGUCUGACUCAGUGAGAACUGAACAAAGUAGUACAGAGUCAUUUGAUGAUAUGGAACAGCCUGUAGCAUCUCUCACCGAUGAAGAGAAGCAGAUUAUUGGACUCAUGAUGCACCCACCCAGUAUAAGCAUUGACUCUGGAUCAGGUAGAAGUCCAGAAACGAAAAAUUCCCUAGUUGCAGAUUCUAGUUGCCCUUCAAGUUCAAACAAUUGUAUUUCUGCUCUUACAAACAAAGGGAGCAAAGAUGUUGUUGCCUGCAGUGAAAAGGCUAUGAAUGUGAACUUACAUGUAACUGAUACUUCUAACGAUGUUCAAAUAAAAGUCGAGAUUUCCAAGGAUACAACAAAUAAAGCGUUGGUUAAUUCUAAAGGGAAAGAGGAGAUGGAAGUUGAAAUGCAUGUGGAUUCAAGCAGUACUCUUAUGGCAGAAAAACACGAUGUUGCUAUCUCUGGGGAAAAUGCAAAUGCUAAUAUUGAGGAAAAAACUGAUAAAAUACUAAAAAGAAGGAAAUCUGUUCCUCUUAAAACAUCCACAACAACAAAAAUAACAACAAAGCCUUCAGCUGUACAAUGUCAAGACAAGACAUCUCUAUCAGAUGUAGUCAGUAAGAGAAAGAAAUCAUUGCAGUUAACUUGUAUUACAGAUGGCAGUGUAUCUGCUGGUCCAUCAAAGGAUUCUAAAAAAGUUAAGGAAUCAGCAAUUUUGAAAGGGAGUGAAGUGUGUAACAAAGAACGACCUAGUACUGCACUGGAUGAAUUUUUGAAGUCUGCAUCGAAAUCAUUUCAGGAAAUUGAAUGUUCUACCAAAAUGUCUCUGAUUGGUAAAGACAUGCCAGUGCUAGAAGUGCCCUAUGUUAUACCAAAAAAGAAAAAGCCAACUGAUGGCAGUGCUAGAACUUUAAAAAGAAAGAUUUCUGUGAAGGACGAUUCUGUGGAAACUUCACCUGCUGCGAAGAAAAAGGUGAUAUCUGAGGCUGAAAUAAAUUUCUUUGGAUCUAAAAAGGCGCAAAAAGGUAGCAAAGCAGAAAGACCAAAGAAAAGCAAAGAAAUGUUAUCUCCAGUUAAAACUGCUAGAGCCGCAAAGGUGGAGACCGGAAGUUUGGAUAAGCGGAAAGACUUAAAACGAAAGUUUUCUAAAGGUGUUACAAUAUUGAUAAGCGAUGACAGUGACGCUUUGAGUACAGCAAAUGCUGAUUCAAGCUCUGAAGAGGACAGUCAUCUUAAACAGAUUUGGGAUGAGUAUGAUCCAGAACCCGACUUUGAAUUGGUUGAAGAGUCACCAGUAAAAAGCCAAACGCAAACUGUAACUGAGGUCCAGAGGAAGAAAACUUAUGCGGCAGCUGCAGCAGCGACAGCAUCUGAGGAGAAGCCUUCCAUGGCAGAUACAUUAGGGUUUGGGAAAAAGCAGCGUGUGGCGCAUACAGCUAAUCAUGUAAGUAGCAGGGCUUCUGUUAUGGUGUACAGUAAUGCAAUUUUGCACAAUUGACCUUGAUCAUUAUACGUUUCUGGGAAUCUGCCCACCUACCCCUCCCCUAAGCCAACAUUAACACUUACAGUCGCAAAUCAUUAAAACGCCAAAAAUGAAUGUUUCUAUUUGAGGUCAAACGUCUAAUCUGAUCAGCACUGGAGAUCGAAUUCUUUAAACUGUAUUUCUUGCACCCUGUAUUACUUAGGCGGUCACUUAGCCUUUCCCCGAGGGUGACCGCUUAAUACUGGUUCGACUGUACUUGUCACUUAGGGCAAAAUGUUGGCACAGGGGAGGGGUAGGUGGGCAGAUUCCCAGAAACGUAAAAUGAUCCAUUGACCUUGUAGGUUUGUCUAUAGGCGAAUCUUUGUUUACACUUUUUGCCUCAUUACCAUAUGCUUAUCACUGUCUGAUGACGCUAAUAAAAUAAAAACUCUGAAUAUUGAAAGGGCAUCACAGUUUCAGUUAUCUCUGAAAAUUUGAGCCCAAUACACCAAACGGUUUCGGAGAAAUUCUCCUCUAAAAACUCGAAAUUUUACAGAGAAUGUAUGGCUCAUUAACCUUUUUUGCCACACAGCUAUUUUGCAAUUUUUGAUGGCUGAUAUUUCCUUCAAUAUUGCUCGCAAAGAGCUGAAAAUUGCACAAAUUGCCCAACUUUAUCAGCUCUUUCGACUUUUGCAUUUAAUUCAUAUAUACGGCCACGGCUUCUAUGAGUUAAGUCGUAUGGUAAUGAGGAAAAAUGUAAACAGUGACGUCAGCAAAGAUUCGCCUAUAGAGAAGUUAAGCAUCAAGUUUAUGGCAAACGGCAAACGCGAAUUUGUAACACGUGUUCACACAAUUUUUUAUCUAUAAGAAUUGUUUUGAGCUGUUUUUACCUGCUCAUUUUCUAUUUUGAGAAAUUCUCAACCUGAAUCUGACGUUUGCCGUUUGCCCUAUACGUGAAACUUAAACUCCCCACUAAGAGCUAGGGACCGGGGGGCAGAGAUUUCCCCCAAAGAACCCUACUAAGAUCAAGACCCCUGGCCACCCUCACAUGGAACAUGGAACCAUUUAACUUUCUAGAUGUUCAAUUCCCCAACUACUUACUACUGACGUAAAGUAAUGGGGCUCUAACUGCUGAUCACUGUGUUAGUGCGCGAGAGUUGAUAGUAAGUGUUUCAGUGGUAGCCUAUACACACAGUGGCUUUUCACCUGCCGCCAUCUUGCAUCAAAUUUGUAGAAUCUUAAUAGCGACUUUAAGAUGCAACGAAACGACGGCAACGAGAACGUAAAAAAAAACACAAUAGUUGUAAUAAACAAAACAAGAACUUUACACGUGCAGCACACUUUUUUGUACAUUUCUUUGCCUUUUUUGCACGUACGACUGCGACAUGAAAAUGCCUAAUUUUGAGUUAUAUGGAGAGCGUUAGUGAACAAGCAACAACAAAAUUUUAGUUCUAGUUUCUGAACUUGGAUAUAAUUCCUAAGAAUUCAACUCCGGAAUGUUUGCCUUCAUUUGACAAAGUAUUAAGUGGCUAGGAAUAAUCGCUAUAAAGACUGCAAGAACGCAUACUCACUUUUUAAGUGAUGUUCUUGUUGCCGUCGCGUCGUUGGACUUAAAGUCCCUAACAUCUUGUUUGUUGAGGGAAGGGGAAAGCUAGAGUACUUAUGAUCUUUCAGGGCAAGGGCGAGAACUGUACAGUACCGCAAAUGAUCCCCAAAACGGACCGCAAAUGAUCCUCGACCUUAAAUGAUCGCGGUACUGUACAGAACCCACAACGAACCUGGACAGGUUUGUUACAAAAAACUGUAAGCGCUUAGUGUAUGAUAUUAGGAAACUUAAGUAACGACGACGUCGACGUCAACGAGAACGGCAAAAAAGCAAUUGGUUUAGAUUGGCUAAACAACAACUUUGCACGUGCAUCAUGCUUUUUUGUACAUUUCUUUGCCGUCAGUGCACGACUACGACGUGAAACUGCCUAAUUCCACGUUUCUCGGAGGAUGUGAACACAGUGAACACAAGACAGCGACUUUCUUUUUCUUUUCCUGAACUUAGAUACAGUCUUUUUGAAUUCAACUCCUGAGAAAAUUGCCAACAUUUGACGAAAGGAACAAGAUGGAAUAAGUGCGAUAAAGUUUGAUGCAGCGCUACUUCACUUAUUAAGCCCGAACGUUUUCGUAGCCGUCGCCGUCUUUGUUGGUUAAACUCGAUAUUGUACAUCACAGCGGUAACCAGUCAUUUCGCCCCAUGCAGUUACUUAGUCCCCUAUUUUCGAGUCAUUUAGUGCGCUUCAAAUAUAAUAUUCCUCGUUCUAGAAAAGGAGGCUAAGUAAUAUGCGAUAUGUGUAAAAAUCAAUUAUUCUAUGAUUAUCAUGCUAAGAAUAGAGGUGAGACAAUCAUUUAAAAGACCUGAACCUUAAGAUUUUGACGCACGUUUCUCCAUACAUUGUUAUGGUAGGUUGCACCUUAAUUGAUUUUGUUGAAUUUUUGCACUGCAGUUACCACGGAGAUUGUCAUCUAAUGCUAAUCCAAUCCGAAGGUACCCCAAGACAAUAUCAGCAAUGCAGAACAAAGAUCAGCCGGCAAGUUCUUCUUCGACGAGCGUGGUGGGUGCUCGCACAAAACUUAGUGUGUUUUUAGGUAACAGUUAAGGGAUAGAGAGGCUCUGUGUUGUACUCUCAGUUGUAGUCAGAAAUUGAGCUAUUUCGUCUUCGGAUAGCCGUGAAAGGUAUUGUUUUAGUUCUCUAAUGCCCAUGCAGCCUCGUUUCCACGCAAAUAUGCCAUCGAUCGACCUCGUUUUCAAGCAAACAUGACAUCGACUCCAUGAUGUAUUGCUUGCAUCCAAAUAUGAUAAGCGCUGGUCGGUUGUGAAGAAUUAUUAGAAGUUUAAAAUACUUUGAAUGAACAAUAAACUGCAUUCUACAACCUUUUCGAAAUGAAUGCCACUUUUUCUUCCUGCAUUGUCAUUUAACAGUGGUAUUUGUUUUAGGGAUCAGCAGCAGAAGGCUCAGUCAACACCAUCAGCUUCAAGCCUGUAAAGAAACGUGUUGCACAUGUGUCAAAGAACACUACCCCAGCUGGAUCUUUGCCGAGACCUAGAAUUCCUAUAGAAUAUGGUGCUAAGGUACCUCAAAACCAACGACAGAGGUACCUUGACAGGAUUGUUGAUGAGUGUCUAAGAAUCUAUCCCACCGAAAAAGAAGCUUUUGAAAAGGUAACGUUGCUUAGAUGGUAGUUGCAGGCGACAAAAGGGACCCGCAAUCCUAAUCUCCAAGUUGUCAUUACCCAUGCGUCGCAUGUAUGUAGCCAGUAUUCGUUGGGAUUGCCUCUAGGAAUGAGUGGAAUGCACAGGGCGCAUUUUGAUCACGCGCGUUUGGACCUUCUAUCACUCAUAAUCUAAUCACGCGUGUUUUUGGUACUGAAAGGGUUUCAAAAGACGGUCGAAGUGAGAGACCGUAAAAUGUCAAUUCCAUUUAUUUACUAUUUGGUAAUUUGCUUUCCAGGCUGUGGAAGAGGAGCAAGCCUUGUACGAACGGAGCACCAGGCGGCAGGUUUACUUGAAUCUCUGUGUGAAUGCAAUAAAGAAACUUCGAGAGAUGAAGCCACAGGAGCUGCCAGUCACCUCACCUGUGGAAACCGAGACUAUUACGCGAGUAGCUGUCACCAAGACUCUGCCAUCAGGAGCAGUAGUGAUCAGCACAAAGAGUCCAGCAAAACAAGAUCAACCGGUUACCACAGCGUCAAACGAUCUAACAGGUGUCAGCUUUGACUUUAUUUAUUUAUUUGCUUGCAUUUUAAGAGUGGUUUUCUUGUUUAUUUAUAGAAUGAUGAUGUGAACUGCUCCCAAUGUAUGGGUCUUCAUAGCUCAAUUGGUUGGAGCACUGCAGCGCUAACGCAGAGGCCAUGGGUUUGAAUCCCGUUGAAGUUCCGAAAUCUUUUCCGGAUUAAUUUGCAAUUGCUUAAUUUGCAAUUACCACUGCGACAUCAUAUCUUCGUUUACAUUUGUUCAUUUUUUCUAUGGGUGUCUUUCAGUUGUAGUAAUUGGUAGAAAUGCGCUUUGCUAAAGAAGUUGUCCUCAUAGCCUUGUUUACUGUUGGUUUUCCCCAACACACAUUCCCCUGGUUGUACCGGGGCUGACGAGUCAUGACCCCAGGUCGAAAUCGGUGACAUGUACUUAAGUUAUAUUACUUUUUAUGCCCUUUUUAGUGUAUUUGUUUAAUGAAUUUUAGUAUAUUCUUUCAUUCAACCACUGAAAUCAAAGAACCCUUGAUUCAAGAGCCCGCGUUGUACUUGGAAUAAAAAAGGCUUUUAUAAGGGUAACACAAAUUAUUAUCGUAUUAAAACCAUUAGUUUGGACUGUGGACAAGAAGGAGGUUAAGAAUUUUACCUGGCCGGAGGCAAACCAUUUGGCUAUUUACGAGCGUGACUGAGAAGCUGCACUCAGGACUAUCAAGAAGAAAUCCAGCUAGCGUUUAGGGAGGGGAUCGAAGUCGGGGCAUGCGGAUUUCAAUUCCAACACUCUAACCAAUCGGCCACGUUGCCUCCGUAUGAGGCAACACGUCACUUCAAGCAAAGUUUUUUCUUCUUUUUUUUUUAAACGACGUUUUUAUGGACGUGGCCGUUGUCGGAUCGUAAGAUCCCGUUUUACGUUUACGUUCAACCUUUAUAUUACCUUCACGGAUUUAUUUUUCGCACGCAAUUUUACUUGUGUGCGCAUGUAAACAUUAUAGUCACUAGUUUAGACGGUUCAGCUAUCAAACAGGUAAAAUUAGCCAGAUUCUUAGGAGUUCAUAUAGACGGAAAUGUUAACUGGAAAAGUCAAAUAAGUCAUGUUUGCAGCAAAAUUGCACAAAUUCCGGUAUACUUUGUCGCGUUGCUAUGCAAGGUCCGUGCUACGCAUUGAUCUAUCGAUAUAAGUUAUGGAAACAUUGCAUGGGGAAACACAAACACAACAAGACUAGAACCAAUAAGAAGGCUACAAAAGAAAAUUAUAAGGAUCAUCUCUUGUUCAAAAUUUAAAUAACACACUGGUCCUAUAUAAAGAUUGAGCCAGGGCUAAAAGCGAAGCUCUCGUUACUAUACUUAAAAUUUACUCACGCAAAAAAUAGUCGUGUAAUGCUAGUCAAAACGGCGACGGCAUUGAGAACGGCCAAGAAACACCAUCAACAACAACAACGACGAUAGGUCUAAUUAGCAAAAAAUCAGUAUUGCACGUGCAGCGUACUUUUUUUUGUACUUUUCUUUACCGUUGUUGUUGCACGACCACAGCGUGAAACUUUCUAGGCACAUGUUUUACGAAGGAAAUGUCGUAUGUUCUCCCCAAAAAAUUGGCUGCUUGGGUUCCUUUUCGCUUUCUUUUUCAAAGCCGCGCAUGUUCAGUUUACUGGCUACUAACAUUUCUCGUUUUCUCACCACCGCUAUAAAAUUUUUAUGUUUUGUUUCUAACGAAAUUUGUCUUCUUUGUUUGUUUGUUUUUAUCUCUCGCUCUAGCUCUUUCUCUGUUAUCCGCGUCAGCCUGGUCGAAAAUGAGACUCGCGCGGCUUUCUUUUGUUUUUUGUUUUUUUGCUGUUUUCCUCUAAAAGUCCGUAACAUGGACGUCUAUCAUCAAGAAACAGUACACCGUCAGGUUGCACGCAGGUUCGACUCAAAUUAAAAAGUCAUUUCCCAGUGGUUAUACUGUGGUGCGGACGGAGCGCAUACGGUCACGUGACUACCAAAAUUUAGGGUCUAUCCUCCCAAAUGGGUUUGCUGAGAGGUACUGCCCAGGUAUAAUUAUUCUAUGAUUCAGUCUGUGAAAGGGCAAAUAAAUAACUGCCAAAAUGACGAUGACAGUGUUUUAGUUAGUGUCAUUUGAGUUUCGAUGAUUUUUUUUUUUGAGUUUGAAAUCUACAAGAGCUCAGCAGAGUGACUUUCAGUAUUUCAAGGAGAUCUGAAUUUUUCACGAGUCAUGACAAGAGCCAUGACCCUUGCAUUUCACUGGAUUUGGGUAAAGCGGUCUUCGUGCCAAAAAUAUGUAGCCAAUCCAUUUUUAAUAGGGAUUUCCUAGACUUGCCCACAAGUGGAGCUCAAACUUUUUCUCGAGCGCAAAGCGUGAGCUAGAAAUUUUUUAUGUUUUCGGUGGAAAAGCGAGCGGGAAAGCGGGGAAAGCUGAGGGACCUACUUACCGGAACCGGAAACGAGAAGCGAAUGUUUUUGGAGAAAUCAGAAUCUCGCUCCAGUCCUCCUCCCGCUAUCGGAAUCCCAAGAUGGCGGCUCAACCUGUUCCGAGAGGUCGAGAGUUCUGUUUCGCACUUCUUCGAAAAAUGUCUUCUUCUGCAAGCGACUGGCAUUGUGGCAUUCAAAAUUGUUUUAACAUACUUGUCAUGGAAUAUUGAAGUUAAGCAGAGUAAUUGAGAAUACACUACAAUGCCUCUACGGCCUCUGGCUGCCUCGGAAGAACUUUCACUUUUUGUUGAUCUCAAGGAGCAAGCUCUAGACGAGUAGGGCUAUUUCUUCAGCAGCCAUGCCUUUAUGGAUGAUUGAUUUUGACUCGGUGUUUUACUGCUUCGUUUUAGCAGUUCUGUUCUUAUCUUUUGUGCUGUCUUCGCACGCUGUGUGUAAGUUUGAAGAAGAAAGAAAGAGUGUAUCAUCAAGCAAUAGAACACGCUUGAAAAUUACAGGUUUGAUACAUGGUUUGAUUUGCGCAGUUUUAUAAAUUGCUAUUUUUGGCGCGGCGAUGAGGAGUGUCCAAGUGUUUACGAUCUUUGAUCACUACAGUGUGCUAUAAACAUCUUUUUAAAGUACCCACCGUUGCUAGGUCUAGAAAGGCUGGAUAAGUGGCUAUCACUGCAGUCUAUCAUACCACAGGUUACCCAGGUUUUGUAGGAACCUGUAACGCCUGGUUUUCUCUAGUGCAUAAGCAAAAGCAUAAAGACGUAAACAAGAUGGCGGAACAAGCAUCAUUCUUCGAAGCACAAGAAGAAUGAAAAUGUCCGUUUUUCUUGUGCUUAUGCUUACUGUAUGUUGCCGGUAUUUUCACUUGCUUACACAAGUGCUUGUGCUUGUGCUUGUGCUUAUGCUUAUGCACUAGUGAAUGCCAGGCUUAAAAGUGCAGUGUUUGCAUGGGGUAAAUUUACAAUCCUAAAAUUGUUAGGAAACACCAAAUAAAAGACUUGUUAUUACCGUUGUCCAGGUUGUUUGGAACUUUCAUUAACCAUUCAACAGCUCAACAGUAAUUCAAUUCCCAUUGUAUGAACAUCCUCAGGACCAUAGUAUUAGGAGUUCAUUUCUGUUCAAUGCCUGUAUCAUUAUUUGUUUAUGGUAUUCUUCGCUGGGGAUUUAGCAGUCCAGACAAAAGGUGUCCACAAAGCGAGAGUUGAAUCUAAGAGGGGGGGAGGGGGUAAUUAAAAAAUUUUUGGGUGGGGAUGUACUACUCGAUCCAGGGACCUUGGAAACCUUAAAUCAGACGUACAUGUAGCUCAGCUGAAUUUUUCUACCCUGUAAUAAACUAAACUCCAAAAAUCCCUCCCUAUCCUAGAGUCAUUUUUUUUCUAGAAACUACCAUUGAUGCUUCCUUUUCUGUUAAACUGCUUUGCUCAUAAAUUUGAAUUUGCUGAUUUCAUUUUUUUUUACUUGUGAGUGAUAUUCCCUAGGUUUCCUAGUCUAGACUAAAAUCUUGAACCACUUGAUCAGUUUCUUUAACAUAUAUUUAUAGACCCAAACUCUGUGAUUGUUAUACCCUAUCCCAGACUAAACUGCUUGAUUUCAUAUCGUAUAUACAUGUUCUUAUGUAGCCCAUAUAAUAUGAUAGUAUCCCUCCUCCUUCCAGGUGUCAACUGUACUCCUGAGGAGGAGGCAGCCUGGCCAAGUGGUUAGAGUGCUGGACUUGCAAUUUGGAGGCCCUGAGUUCAAGUCCUGCUCUGACUGCUAGCUGGAUUUGUUCACGGUAGUCCCAAGUUCAAAUCCUCGGCCAUGCCUUUAAAUAGCCAGCUGGUUUGUCUCCAGCCAGCUCGGCCCCACUAGCAUAAGUGCUAUAAAUACACAGGAAAAAAUAACCAAUUCCCAUUUUUGGAUAUUUUAGGGUAUUUAAAGAAUACCCACAAAAAUCCCAAAUUCGGAAGAGUGAGACAAGUCCCAAUCAGGGAACUUGGUUGGGAAUUUCCUGGUUGGGACUUCUCUCACUUUGCCAAGUUUGGGAUUUUUAUGGGUAUUCUUUAAAUACCCUAAAAUAUCGAAAAAUGGGAAUCCGUUAUUUUUUCCUGUGAUACUGCCGAGGGUAAAUAACAGAAUUAUUAUUAUAUUAUUGCUCAUGCAGGGGACUGAAACUGAAGCUGAAGCGUUGUGUUGUUGUUACAUUUUUUGGUCUAUUUUACAUUUACAGAAGAGUUGAUGUAUGACUUUCUAUCCAAGUACCUGAUGAGCGAGGAAGAUUUAGUUGAAAAUGGCUAUCCUAGGCCUUGCCAUUCAACCCCAGGAAAAGCAGUUUUCAAAGCUAAUAAGGAGUCACCUUCUAAAGACUGUAAGACAUAGGGUUUUUAUGCUCUGAACGAUCAACAUGGUUAAGCAUGCUUUAAUUUGACCAUGUGAAAAAGUUAAGGCAUAUUUGACAAUAUCAGUGUCUAGUGUACAAGUGCUGACUGUUGUUCUAACAUCUCUGACAACUUUGAUUCUUUAGCAUCAAGGAGAAUAUGUUGUCGCUGUGGCAAGCCCUAUGUUGUCCUUGAAGAUGGAGAGUACUUAAGAAAAGAAGACUGUAUUUAUCAUGGUGGAAAACUAUAUCGGAGAAGAGGUAACUGAAGGCCACUCAAAUUGCUUUUAUGAUAAAACCUAUUAGAUUAGCCUUGUAUGAUAUAUGAAAAAGGAAUCAUGGGCUGUUCACCACCACUAGAUUAUGUACCAGUAGUCGCUGGAUUCAUGAGUAAAGGGAACAUUGUUUAUACUCAAGAUGAGAGAAGUGUUUCUGGAGCAAGCAUUUAACAAUAAUUGCUUGUAAAACAUACUUGCCAUACUUAUACUGUAUUUCUUAAACAAUGUAACUGACGGGAUUCCAGCAACUUGUAGAUAUUACACUAUAAAGUAAGAUCCUGGUAUUUUCCUCAGGGGAACAGAGUUAUUCAUGCUGUCAGGGAGAUGCAGGCAGUCCUGGCUGCUGUGUUGGAAAAGUAAGACUUGACAUUGUUUUCCUGAUAUUUUUCAAAAAAGAGCUAUUAAGGCGGGCAUAAAUAGUGCCAUGCUCACAUUGACAAUAGAACAUCCUCACGUGUGUGGCCCGCAUCUGUGCAAGUAUAAAUAGUGCCAUACUCACAUUGAUAAUAGAACAUUUUCACUUGUGUGGUCCGCAUCUAUGGAAGGUUAUUCUAACAAGAGAAAGCAUUCAUGUAAGAAACAAGUCCAACUUCCACAGGAUUGGUUUGGAACACCAACAUAACCACUAUCUUAUUGGUUUUGAAUGCCAAUAUGACUGUGCCAUUGCUCUGUUGUAGUGAAACCCUUGUGAAGGCAAAACCACAAUGACAAUCUAGAGAGGGUCAGCCGGAUCUUUAGUAGACCUCGAUCAGAGAAAUCUUGAGUACCAAAUUUUAAAAUUAAAACAGGAAACUGAUCCUUAAGACAGGAGGAGUGAUGGAAAAAAUUGUAGAAAUAAAAGAGAAAUAAAGUAGUGAAUUAUAUUUCCCUGAUAUUUCAGUUUGCAACACAAACCUUCAAUGGGGGCUAUAAAAGAAAAAAAAAAUAAACUAGAUACAAGUUAGAUGAACAUUACAUAUGUGAGAUUUGAAUACAUAGCACACAUGCACAGGGGCCAAAAAGUAAAUGUUAAUGGUAGACAGGGAGCCCAAAGUAGGACAUUUUUCAUAUAAGCGACAAACCAUCUCACUAAAAUAAAGGACAACUGUUAAUUCAGUAUUUACUGUUUUGCAGUAAGUAUGCUCUUGUACAAACUGUAUGCUGCCAUUUGUUCACAGUACACUGUAUAAACCACAAAACCGUCACUAGAGGCUGUAUUUUGCUGUUCUGCUACUGGUAGCUCAGUUGUUUCUUGUUUAAACUUUUAAGGUUCAUGUUAGUGAUGGUACAGGAAACACUGAUGGCUUUAUGACAACAAUAAGAAGUCCAUUGUCUGAUCAUAGAAAGGUCUAUGCCAUGGAUUGUGAAAUGGUACAAGUAUUGUUCACUAUCUACAUAAUUAUACUCUCUUGAGCUACCCUCCGUUUUUGUGAUUUUUAUGCACCUAUUUUAAAGUCAUUAGUCAUGAUUCACUCAGCCAUAAAAGAUUAAGUGUAAUUUACACUGAUCUACUUAAUUGGCUGAGGUGACUUUUUAUGGAUAGUGAACUGGAGCGGUAAUAAUUACCACAGUCAAACCUGUAUUUAUAAGUAAACUUGUAUUAAUCAGUCACCCUCUUUUGAGCUAUCACUUACCAAAGUCCAGGAAAUCAUUUCCGUAAUCAUCAAUCAUUUUACUUUAUUAACUGAUCAAUGGUAUAAUGAAGUGGUUACCUCCAUUAAGCAGUCAGGGGCACCUUUUCCAACAACAUUUACUUAUUUUUUUAUUGUCUUUACCUCUGUUACAAGAUAAACAGUUGCUUUGACAAGAUAUACCCUGCUAGUGCAACAGAUACUUUGUACACUGUGUAUAGGCAUUCAGUGGUCCUUUACUUCUUUCUUUUGAUCCAAGAAGAGGUAGAGACCCUCUGAGGUCAACUUGUCGUGUGAUCGAUUUUUCUUUCCUACACCAUCUUCAUUUUCUUGAAUAACUCGCAGGUUCAGGGGUCAAACCUGUAUGAAGUGGUCAAUAAACCAUUCCUCAAGGGUGAUGGCUUAAUAAAGGUUUGACUGUACGCCCAAAAAUUCUUUUGCACUAAAGUUAACCCAACUCAAAGAAUUCCAUCGGCCAAAAAAUAGCUCAAACGUUAAUUAUAUGUACUUUACAUAGAUCUCUAAACACAACGUAUGUAAAUGGAUAAGUAAAAUGUUUAUACUUAAUAAUUCUGUUGAAAGUCCUCCUUGGCUAUGGGUUUUAGUGGGGAAUAUAACAAAAGAAACUAAUUUUCUUGACUUUGAACCUCAAGUGAAUGUGAAUUCUUUUGUUUAAUUACACCCAGUAUUGGCAUUAAGAUUUUAUUUUUAGUCAGUAUACAGUCAAACCCAGUUAAGGUCCAUAGAACGUGUCUGUAUUAACACUGUUUCCAUUUUAAAUGAAUCAUGUUUCUGACGUCAAAAAUACACCUCACCUAUUAUUUGAACAAAAUACUAAAGAAAUAAACCAGCACAUUGUAUCAUGAAAUUAAACAUCUGUAAACCUUCCCAAAGCCGAUUUGAUUGAAGAAUGAUAAUUCUAAUGCAUGUAAUUAUCUUCAACUCCCCAGUAAUGAGGUGUGUCCGUAUUAAGCAACCGUCCAUAAAGUAGAGUUCGACUGUUUAUUUAAAAUGGUCUUUUGUUUGAUUUAAGAUUAAAAAUUCGUAUACAUGGAAUAAUUUUCAACUCCCUACAAAAGGCCCUACAGAAAUAUUUCACACAAUACUACAGACGUCUUGAAAUCACAAAUUUCCAGUCAAGCCAGCUCAAGCCUACAACCCAAGAAGCCAUUAAUGGAUUUAUGAUUCGAAAGUUGAUCCGUUAGUAGAUUUCACAUUUGUUCCUGCAUUCGUGCGUGAGUAAUGAGCAGGGAAUUCACACGCGAGGUAGUUAUCAAAUUUCUACCGGUUCAGUAUUCUUGAAUUUGGUGCAAAGCCUUCAAAGCAAUAUUGUCCAUCCAAAGAUUUUUCUGUCUGACUGAAUACAGAGAAGUUAUUGUAAAAUACUCACUCCUUAUUGUGCAUGCAGGAAUGCAGAUUCGAAUUUGAUACUGGUUGCGGCAAUGACUAACGCCGGAUUCAUUUUUCAAUUAAGUGAUUCAUUAAUGGUAUCUUGGGGGAUAUGCUUGACCCGGCUUGACUGUAACUGGCCUCGCACCUUUCUUGACACUUCUUGGUUACCUCCAAGGUCCCUAGAUUCCAGUUAUGGCGAUCAAAAUUCCAAGUCAUGUACUGUCCAUUGUUUAAAGUGCGUUGAAGCUUUACAACAACAAUUGUUCUAACAAACUGUUAAAUUAUUGUUGAUAGUGUUACACCACUGCUGGACUUGAGCUAACUCGGAUUACAGUGGUAAACUGGAAUUUAGAAGGAGUCUAUGAUACAUUUGUUAGGCCUGACAGACCCAUUGUUGACUACAAUACAAGGUAGUUGAAUUAAUUAUUCCUUAAGCUCAGCCUCUUCUCUUUACAUCGACAAUUAAUGGCUGAUUCAUUUCCCUUAAAUUUUCACAGCGGUCCCCCUCUUUUGACGUUUGCAUUUGUCAGCUUUACAGUCUCAUGGCUGAAUAUAUGACAGAAAGCCAUUACUGGUAGUUUGUUCAAUUGAAAUUUAAAUUCUGUGGAACUUUUGAGGAAUUGUAAAUGGUUUUCCAAAGUGUUGUUAAAUUGUCCAGUUACUGCCUAAGGUUGGCUUUGUUCUCCCCUACCCUUUACUCUGUCAACAAAUUCGUGACUGGAAUAUUGAUUUUCUGUAAAACGCUCUUUGUUAGGUUUAGUGGAGUAACAGAAGAGUCAUUAAGUGGUGUGAGUACUACUAUUCGGGAAGUACAAGCUGUGUUGUUGAGCAUGAUUCAUAAGGACACCAUACUGGUAGGACAUAGCUUAGAGAGUGACCUCAAGGCAACCAAGGUAAUUUGGAAUUCAAAACGAUUUGACUUGGAAGUAAUAAAUUCAGUGAGAAUAUUUCCGCUAAAUCGCCAAGCCUUCACCCGUCUGGUCGAUUUUUGGUGGAUUUUCUCCUGAAGAGGGGGGUGGGUGCUGGCACUCCAGUCUCCCAGUAGCCCAGUUGUAUAGUGCUUACUCUUGUUAUAUUAGACAACGAGGUUAAAACAGUCAUGCCCCUCGCUGUCAAAAAAAAUCGUAAUUAAUUAUAAGAUGGCAGCAAUUGAUAUACAAAUCACUCCAUUUAUAGGUUCUUCCUCUCUACUUGUUAAGGAUAGCGUUUUAAUCUCCCUACCAUUAAUAUGUUUGUCCAUUCCUUGGUAGUUGCGCGCUUUUUUUCUUUUCUUUAAUUAAUAAAUUUAUCUUUAAAAAAAUGUUUGCUCAGUCUGUUUACGUAUUUUCUGCAGGGGACUUGGUUCUGCGUGCAGUCAAUAUAGAUGUAAGGGCGUGUUAUCUGUGAAAGCAAAUGUUUUCGAAAAAAAAAAAAUGUCUUCCCGCGCCUCGUCAUUACAUGUACAGACUCUCGCUGUAAAGAAAACUAACUCACAGUCCCUCUUAGCUGGUGAACCUCUGUUUGACGGUUAGUUUGGAAUCCCCUACGGGUGACUAUUGAAACAGAUUUAACUUGAGCUUUCAGUUCUCACAAAACAUUAAGGACAUUCUCGGAACAAUGGCGUGGAAGUGGAUGGUUACAAAUUUUGUUUUCUUGUAACAAUUUGACGUUUUCUCGAUUGUUGCAAGAAUUCAAAUCUGUGACUGUCUCUGACUCUGUUCCACUUCUUCUAAGAGGAAACGUAUUAUGGACUUUCAGGUUAAACUCGUUGCUCUUUUAUUAUUAUUAUUAUUAUUAUUUUUGUUAUUAUUAUUAUUAUUAUUAUUAUUAUUAUUAUUAUUUUCUCCAUUGCUUAAGCCAUUAUAGCAGUAAGUAAGAAAACUAUAUAACAGUUUCAAAUCUAUUUUGUGAAUGUUUUCUUUUGUCUGUUAUCUAGCUUUACUUGAUUAGACUGUUGACCGCCCUCUGUUGUCUUUUUUAUUGUAUCGUUAUUAUUAUUAUUUUUCUUUUUUCGAUGAACUUGGGAGCACAUGCUUGUCGCUACCACUUGAUGAAAACAAGUCAAGCAUCCUAAAUAGCAAUUUUCUGUUACCGAGUUCAUUUUACUAUCUUUCACCUAAACAAUUUUUGCGGUUAUUAUUUGGGCGUCGCCCAAAUAGAGUAAUCAAGUUCGCUUGUUUUGAUCCAAAAUUGCAAUGGGCACGCAAUACGUGCGAACGUAAACAACUGUUUAAAACAAGCCAAGCGACGCGAAUGUCUGCCGCGCGAUGUGUCACUACACAGCAUUUAUGCGCGUUACAAUACGUCCCACAGCUAACGCGCGGCAAACAACUCGGCAAUAGAAAACAAACGCAUUGAAAAGGCAAGGUACACCGAGUGAAAGAAGCUAUUAAAUAAUUUAAACUUUCCCUUUUGAAAAUUAUUGUCCUCGCAGCACACGGCAUGAAUGUUUUUACCCCGGACCAUAGGUACCGGUCAUUGCGCUUUUUUCAUUGUAUCGACUAUUCAGUGCCGGUAAUGCCUUAUACCAAGAGUUUGAUAAUAUUUUUGCCCUCAGUUUUUGAGAGCCAAUAAAGAUGUCACGCAAACUUCUGUGAUCGUUCAUGAGACAAAUAAGGGUAACAUUGAAUGAAGUAUAAUUUCAUUGCAGAUCUCGGGAAAAGAGGUGAUUUCUUAAAUCUUAUUACGCAAAUGAUUUCGUAAACAAGUUGCAUUCUCUCACGUUCGAACCCAAAAAGAGGCAGAGUUCAACAUCUGCACGUGCAAACCGCGUUCGUGAAGGGUAUUUUUAGACCCUUGGGUUAAUUAGAUAAGUCUUAUUCUCUCAUACAGGAACCUCGAAAGUGGCAAAUUUCAAAGCUUUCACGUGCAAACUGCUUGACAGUAAAACUCACAGUGAGGGCCUGAUCACAUGAGCCGGGCUGGCUAGCUCUUGCCGAGGUGACUUUUAUCCCGGUACUACAUGAAAAGGGCCAGCCCGGAAGCGCCAUUUUUAUAUAGAGGUUGGAAGCAAUGUGCAUGAGCAGUCUGUUACCCGCUGUCCUGUUUCUCGCUUGGUUUAUUCGCGAGGCAGUUCGGCAAACGUGAUUACUUGGAAAAUAUCCACCCGGGAUCGCGGCAUCACAAUACUGGGAUCCCAGCUAACCGGGCUGGCUCGUGGUCAUGUAAUUGCAAAGUUGAUUUUUGUUGCGUUUAACUAAGGUGCCGAGAUCUCUGCAAAGCGAGCCAGCCCAGGCUCAUGUGAUCAGGCCCUUAGUUCUAUAGCCAGAUUUUAUACCCUCCCCCUCGAGCUUACCGAUUUUUCAAAGCCCCUGAACACACACACCAAAGUUCCCACCCGCUUCUCUAUAUUAAAUGAACUUUCCCUUAUCCACGUUCUCUCCAUACAAAUAUUAUCAUAAGUGACCGAAAACCAAUCCUAAAAAGAAAGCCUAGCAAUGUUUAAAAUAAGUUCAAGUAUGUUUUCGACUGUUGAUAAGAUCUUUCACAACCACUUCAUUUCAACAGACCUUAACUACGCUAUCCCUUCAUAACCAUAUUGUACUCAUUUUUUAUGUUUGCAGCCUUUCGUAACCAGUCUGCUCUACUAACUAUGGCCAAAUCUAAGCAAUCUUCUUUGCAGACAACUGUAUUAACUGAUAACCUACGUAUUGAUUCGGUGUACGACUUUAGCAAUAGAUUAGCCUGUGUUGCAGCCGGCCCACGCCUGUGUUGCAGCCGGCCCACGCAGUCGUCUAAAACAUUUUAAAUACAGAAGGUUUAGAACGUCUGCGACGUAGGCAACAAUAGAUAUGAGCACUCAAGAGGUUGGGACAAUUCGAGACAGUUAUAUGCAAAUCCGAGGCGAAGUCGAGCGUUUUCAUAACUGUCGAGAAUUCCCCCAACCCUUCGAGUGUUUAUAUCAGGCUAUGCAAAUACAGGAAAAAAGUUUUCUAUUGGUUUUAUAAAUUAACUUUCGCGAGACAAAAACGCAAAACUCUUUGUUAUGGCGCUGAUUAAAAGAGAAAUUCUCACCAGUCGUGAAGUCGUGUACACAACGUCUUGCUCGCGUAAUCAGUUCUUGUUUUCCAAAAAGGGGCUUUCCAAAGUACGGAUUUCUCUCGCUUGAAAUGUCAGCUUAAGCGAAAAAAAAUUGACAAAGCACGAUUUGUAAAGAUUUUCCAAGUUUCAACCGACAAGGGAAUAGGUAAAUAAAGUAAACUUGUAGAGUUUUCAACUCAAGAACAUUUUCAGAUUUGUGCUUUCCUGAUUAGCGCGCGCGAAAAGCAAAACAUCUUGCCGUCCCAACCAUGUUUACAUACUCCCAUGCAAACACGCCUCUCGGCCAAUCAGAGCGCGCGUACUAUCUUACUUAUUUUAUAAAAGUGACUAAUAAGACGAGUUUGUAAGAGCCACUAUAGGUGUGAAUAAUUAGCCUCACCCCCAAUCCCCCCUAAAAAUGUAGUAGGAUUUGACACGAGUAGAAUAGGCUCGAUUUCCGCCGUCUCCCAGGUUUGCGGGCUCAUUUUCCCGAACAGCGGCUGGUAAUCGAGCCUACGAGUAUAACAGAGAACACAACACUUUAAUCACUACGAGACAGACUAAUCCAUUCUGGUACAGAAGCUACGGAUGUGUUAUUCCCCUGAGCGGUUCAGACCGGUUUUUAGUAUUAUCUACUUCAUAUAUGACAGCGUAAACUGUCCCACUACAAAAAAGAGACAUGUAAUCAAUCCUCCUAAGGAGCUUAGAAGAAUUCUGUUAUUGAUUUUCAAUAACCUUCAAAAUUGUUUUUUUUUUUUCUCAGUUAAUUCACAGUAAAGUAGUGGACACUUCUAUCGUAUUUCCCCACCGACUUGGCCCUCCUUACAAGAGAGCACUGCGCAAUCUCAUGGCAGAUUACCUUAAGAAAAUUAUUCAGGAUAGUGGUGAGCUGUGAAAAAUAUUUCUCUUGGAUUUAGCGUUAGCAAAGGAAUUACUAAUUAAAUGAAAACGUACUGUAAAUCCUCUAUUAAGCCCCCCGAGGAGCUUAUUUAUUUCAAACGCAUUUAAGUGGGGGGGGGGGGGGGGGGGUUUAAUAGAGACGAGGGGCUUAUUUAAUUUGGAAAAGACGAUGGUAUUAGUUCUCCAUAAAGAACUAGAAGUAGACUACAAGCAGUCUCUUAUUUUUCUUUGGAGAUACCCAGUAAUUUGCAUAAUUUUAACUUUUCGCUCAAAACGUUGAAUAUCAUGCGCGCAGCCAGGAUCAAAAACAAGUCCACUUGGUGAAGAAACCACCCUGGACCAGUCCACACGAAGUUUUACGGUCGUGAUUGGUUAAUACAGUCCAACAUUUAUUAGUUAAGAAUGAUAAGGGGGAGGGGGGGGGGGGCUUGAAAGAGAGGGGGGAUUACUAACUUUCUUCCACUGAAAAGGGGGACUUAUUUGAUAGGGGUGGCGUAAUAGAGGAUUUACGGUAAGCUUGGUGACAAAGAUAUAUGUCUGUUAAGCAUCUUAUUUUAACGUGAAAACAAUAGUGACUGACUUUGAAAACUGUCACGCUGAACAGUUUUAAAAGCCCGGAAGUAAUCCGUUAUAAAAAUUACAGCCUCGUGGAAUAGAAAUGUCUCCUAAGCAUUCUACUUGAAAUUGCUAAUAACAGUGAUGAACUUUGCAAAGUUUAUGGCUAAGAAAGGCAAGUUUCAAAACUCCGAUUAGAAUCGUUUUUAAUCUUCUUCAAUUUUGCCCACCCCUGCCUUUCUUUUGUAAUUGCUUUGUUCUUUAACCUCCCUUCAAUGUUGUAAGCGAAUAUUUAAGCGUUUCAGUCAAUAUGGUGACCAGCUCCGAACUUCCCACUGCCUCUGUUAGGUUAACGUUCGUAACACAGCUCCUUUAACCAAAAGGUUUGUGCACAGAGCGUGUACUAACUGGAGACCAUGUACUGUUGUAUUUUAGUCGACGGACACGACAGCCAUGAAGAUGCCAGAGCCUGUUUAGAACUGAUGAGAUGGAAAGUGAAAGAAGAUAUGAAAAGAACAGCGAGGCACAAGUCACCUCGCUUGUCGCUUGGCUAGGGCCUAACAUAUUUACCUCUAUCAAUCGGCAAAUGUUAGUUCAUUUGUCCAGUCUGUGUGAAAUUGUUUUAUUGGUGAACUGUCUGGCAAGGAAUCUGUUUGGUUGUUAAAUUUACAUAAAAUGUAUCUAUGGUGAAAUUGAGAAAAUAUCACUCUAGUGUUGCAGGUAUGCAAGAGUAACUUAAAAUCCAUAAUUGUCUUUUUGUAGACCUUAUUCACGAUACCCACUACCCUUUCACGCUCACUAGGGUUGAUGGGAUAAAAGUGAUGUCACGCGGUAUUUCAGGGAGCAAACAAGUGGUAAAAUUUGCCAAAUAAUCAUAACUAUGACAAAAUUCUCAAAUCUGAUUGGCCAUCAACUGCCCUGAUUUCAGCCCUAAUAGGACAGUUUAAUAGGACAUACGUGCCAUCACGCGCGCGCUUAAAUGGCCUUUCUUUCACUGCUGGCAAAACAUAUAUAUAUAUAUAUCUUGGAAUUUCUUGUGUUUUCAUUUAAAAAAGAGAGCCUUAUAUAUCACAAAUUUUGUUAAAGUUAUGAUUAAUUGGUAACAGAACUUCGUGUCGUCCAAUUCAGUCUGUACUCAUACUCGUGAUGAAACAAAUCGGACGACCGCGUAUUGUUAAUAGGGAGCUUAAGCGACAACGACGACGACUACUACAAAAACGUCACUUAAAAAGUGAAUUCGCGCUGCUUCAAACUUUAGCGUGAUUAUUCCAUGUCAUUCAGUUCGUCAAAUGUUGGCGAAUUUUUCUGGAGUUGAAUUCUAAAGGAUUGUAUCAAAGUACAGGAAAAGAAAAAGAAAGUUGUUGUCUUGUGUUCACGCCCUCUACAAAACGUGAAAUAAGGCAGUUUCACGUCGUAGUCGUGCAACGACGGCAAAGAAAGGUACAAGAAAGCGUGGUGCACGUGCAGAUUUGUUGUUUUGCCAAUCUAAACCUAUUGUUUUUUAUUGUUCUUGUUGCCGUCGUCGCCGUCGUCGCUUAAGCUCCCUAAUCAUUCGUAUGAUUACAGACCGAAUUGGACUCCACUCAGUCCUGUUACCAUUAGUAAUACGAGUUAUCGCGGUCGAGUUUGCCUUUAUUCUCCCAAAAUGAGACCGCGAUUGAUGACUGGUAUCGUGAAUAAGGGCUAUUGUUUUUUAGUAAAAUCCAACUAGCGGUCUAUUAUCAAUGCUACGUUCUGAUUGGUUGAGCUGCUACUAGGCUAUAUGGCGGCAAAAAGGGAUUAAAGUCUAGCUUUCAGUAAAUAUAUUUAUUUUAUUCUCGUUAUUUUUGACCAACUAUAGUUGGAUUUUACCAAAACAAUUAUUCCUCUCGCCCUCAUGGCCCCUGAGUCAAUAGCCCAUGAGGCCGAAGGCCGAAUGGGCUAUUGACUCAGAGCCCAUUCGGGCUCGAGGAAUAAUUGUUAAGUAUUUCUUGUUGUGUCUCUACACUAAGGGUCAGUUUGCUUGCGUGGGUAACAAAAUUCGUUUUUGCUUCUUGGAGGCACAAGAACGAUAAAUCACGCCAGUCUCUUUACAACAAUGUUUUGUCUACUAUACUACUGUCCUAACCAAACGUCUGUUAUAUUGGCUUUCGUUGCCCUCCCUAAAUUUUCUUGUUCCGUUGCUGUUUUUGAAUGUUCUUCUUAACCUCAGCUGUGAUCACACAAAAAUUUGGAUUUCUACGACCGAUUCUUUGAUCGCAGUAAAACAAAGAGCGAA